AUGCCUGGCAUCAAGGAGGAUAUGAAGACCUAUACAUUCAAGAUGGUGGUUCUUGGAUACUAUUCGGUGGGUAAGAGCAGCUUGGUGCUCAAGUAUGUCAAGGGGGAGUUCAAUCCAAAUGAGGAGAGUACCAUAGGUGCAUCGUUCUUAACAAAAACUGUUUUUACUCCUGAAGGAAGCAUCAAGUUCGAAAUAUGGGACACUGCAGGCCAGGAAAGAUACAACAGCCUGAUUCCGAUGUAUUACCGUGGGGCGCAGGUGGCCCUGAUAGUUUAUGAUAUAACUUCUGUGGAAAGCUUCGAAACUGCAAAGAGAUGGGUUGAAGAGCUUAGCUUUGAGAAGCCAAGGGAGUUCAUCAAGGUUCUGAUUGGAAAUAAGUCCGAUCUAGAGGAAGACCGAAAAGUAGAGUUCCAGCAGGGAAAGGAAUAUGCAGAUAGUCAAAACCUUCUAUUCUUCGAGUCGAGUGCAAAGACAGGAAAAAACAUAGCCGAGAUAUUUAAUGCAAUUGCAGAGAAAGUUCCAAAAGAGGAGGUCAAGAAAAACACAAAAGGAUUUAGGCUGAGAGAUGAUUACAUAAAAUACCUUUGCUGCUGA